AUGACAACGAAGACAGCCAGUCUGAGAAGCGAUCGCGCACGUCGGCGCUCGCGCGACAGCUCUGACAGCGCGCGCGACUUCGGCUCCAACGUUGGCGCCCAGCUGGCCCUCAUCUACCACGGACGGCACUGCUGGGUCUGCAAGGCUCAGUUCCAAAUCGAAAAAGCGCAUGUCUUUCCGAAGAUGGACAUAAGCCUGUUUGCGCUCAAAGCGGACGGCCUCCUUGGGCUGAAGGCACGCAACGAAGCCAGCAACGCCAUCCACCUCUGCAAAUGCUGCCACGGCGCCUGGGACGACAUGUACAACCCGCUGCUGCUCAUCGUGCCGACCUACCUCCACUACUUUGUUGCCAUCGAGAAGCAGUGGCAGGAUGCCUGCAUGUCUUCCGACGCUGCUGCUGCGGCUCCCCGCAUGGCCCCCUCCGCCGAGACUUACUUCGACUACUGCCACACCCUGGACCAGCGGUCCGAUGGCAUCCCCGACCACGGCAGAGGCGGGUUGUAUACUGCUUAUAUUGUUGAAAACUACUUUCCCUUGCCUGACAGGCUCGACAAGCGGGGGUGGCAUGACCAUUGGCACGGCGACCCUUCGGCCAUGAUCCGCCGCGCCAUCAUCGCUGCAACGAAGAUCAGGGUGCCAGAGGCCCCUCCAGAGGGACUGCGCGCCACCCUCAGGCAGCUGAAAGAACUGGACAUACUUUAUGAGGCGGGGAAUGAGAUGUGGGAAGGCAUACUCAAUCAGCAACAGGCUAGCGAUCGGGCACCACCACCUCCUCCUCCUCCAUCAACGCAGGGCCCCGAUUCUGCUCCUCCAGACGUGCACCCUCCGCAUCCUCCGCAUCCUCCACCCAACUCGUCCGCCGGUGCGCCGCCUUUCUCGAGCGCCAUGGGGCCACCCCCAUUUAGCACUACAGCUCCCGGUCGCUCGCAUCGUCUGCCAUCCCCCUCUCUGACCCCGUCGCCUCACAACCGGAAACGACGCCGCCAAACAAUGCCGGAUACACAAUGCAAGCGCGUUCGCGUUGAAGCGCCGGAAGAGGUGCCCGGCAUCAAAUUCGAGGCGGGGUAUACACGCGGGUAUGAGAGCGAGGAUCCCGCGAAGGCGGGAAUCCCUUGUGGUGCUAGCGUUGCUGUCUCUGAGCCUGCGCUCGCCAGGUUGAAAAACGAAGAGCUGGUAUUUGAUCAGGAUAGGAGCAUAACCUGCGUACGUCGCUGGCUUGGUCAGUUGGAGCAACCGAUGGGCGCGUGUUUGGGCUGGCUCAACCGUGCUCCUCAGAGUUCGAACGACAGCCUCAGCAUCCAUACCCAUGCUCAAAGCGACGACCAGGAAUACACUGCGUACAGGCGGAGGCGAAGAUACUGGGAAUAUGGGCCGGGUACCACGGCUGAAGACGCAAUGACGAGAAGGGCACUGUUGUACGUACGGUAG